AUGAACAGUAACCAAGAACUAGCACACGAAGAACUGAGUAGCAAUUACAACAGUACUGUCUCUUCGCCAAAAAAGCGAUUCGAAUCGAUUCUUGACAACGGAAGAAAAGAGAAUCCAAUCUCAGGACAUGAGUUCAAAGAGGCAACGUACGAAGUGUCAAGUGAAGAAGGAACAACUACAACAGAAAGAGAAGAACCACAAAAACCCAACAACGUUGUUGUUAAUCAUGCGAUCGGGAAAAAGCAAAGCGGAAAGUCUUCCUGUACCCAACGAAACGCCUGGGGGAAUUUCUCUUAUGCGGACCUCAUCACACGAGCCAUAAUGUCCUCUCCUAACAAGAGAAUGACCCUACAAGGAAUCUACACCUGGAUAAGUGAUAAUAUCCCGUAUUUUAUGGACAAGAAAGAUGGUCCAACCACAACUGGAUGGAAGAAUUCCGUCCGCCACACACUUUCCAUAAGAAAGCGAUUUAUGCGUUUACCAAACAUUGCGUUUGGCAGUCUAAAUUAUAAAAGUCUUUGGAUGGUUGACCCAUAUGCAGAAGCAAGGAGACGUAACUCAUCUAGUUACCCGCUUAACUAUCAAGCUGAAUCCCCAAGGAUGGAAGUGGCCGACUGGAGCCAGCAAUUGAGGGUGUGGACCUCUCGGCCUCUUGACAGAGCAACGCAGACCGAGUUUCCCAACACGCCGUGCCCGUACUGUAGGCACCUAGUGAGCUUAAACCCAAACAUCGGGGACACGUUCACUCAAGACGUUUCAGGGUAUCAAAWUUGA